GCACUAUAGGCAGGCAAGUCGUUCAAAGGAGAAGAGAUGGUUUUAACACACGCGUUAUUAUCUAUAUCCUAUUUCCUCUUUCUACUUUAAUGUCUUUAGUAGUAUUACUAUCCUAUAUUCCAGCGUGAUUUCCUGUUUUACCGGAUAAUAUCGAAGAAGAUCGCGGGGCGAGCUUGAAAUACUAUCCGCUGUACGUCUGGGUCAGGUACCCUGUCCCACAGGGAGGGGGUUCACAUCACUUUUCAAUGAUUAGCACUACGCUGCUCACGACUCGGACUUCACUUGCGGUUCAUUCGUUUUUAUUACUUUGUUUUCACUUGUCACUAUUGCGUAUGAGCGUGUAGUGUGCGGAGGAGAUACUUCCUACCAUCGGUUUUAUUUUCUUUCAACCAACGUUCGCGAGUUUUUUUCUCUUUUUUGUUAAUUUUUUCAAUCGUUUUUUUUUCGGAGUUUUUCGUCGCCGUAUUUGUUCGUAUAAUGUUUAAAUCCGAGAUCGUUCGUGGUCAAAUUAAAUUCGAAAAUAAUAGUUGAAUUUUUACAGUGUUUUUACCCCCUUAUUUUUCUCUUUCGUUCGUUUUUUGACCUUAUCGCAUCACGUGAACGUUGCGGUGUGUUUGUGACUUGAAUUUUUUUGCUCAGUGUCGGUUGAAUUUUUCGUACUAGUGUGAAUUGUGCCAUUUGUUCGUUUUUGGAAUCGUAUUCCAGAUUUCGACGAAUUGCAGACUGCAUGUAUCAAUCGGCCAACUCUCAAAUCUGGCUUCGGUUACCUGAGUAAGGAAAGUUAUGCGGUUACUAUAUGCCCUCCUGGCCGUUUUACUUCUGAAUACUGGGCUAGGGGAGGAAGUAGAUGUCGUCGAAGCAAUAUCCAGUUCAUCUUCACAAAGUUCCUCAUCCGAUCACAACGAUUCGCAAAAUGCCGUCGCUCAGCAUCGCGAAGAUACCGAGCAAGGUAACCCCGAUCAGGUGGCUCUUGAAUCUGGACCCGACCAGGAGACGACAGCCAAGCACGUAUUCAAUCAGGGACCACCUCGAGACAUACCUCUGUCGUUACCAUCGCGAAACCCAGGACCCGGGCCGCUACAUCACAACCACCCUCAUCCUCCCCCUAAACAGUUUCCAAAUCACCAUCAAAGUGUAGCUUACCACGGACCACCUCCUCCUCCACCUCCGCCACUCAACGCUCCUCCAAAGCAGACACCAGAAGCUAUGGAGAAACUGUACACCGGUGCCAACGACGCUUGGCCCAUUGCUACCACAGAUACGCCUAAAAUAGUCAAUUUGGAUGUGAAAUGCGAGAAGAACUCGAUGAAGGUAUUCAUCGGAUUCGAUAAGCCUUUCUACGGUAUCGUUUUUAGCAAAGGUCACUACAGCAAUAUACACUGCGUUCACUUACCAGCUGGAUUAGGCAGGACUUCGGCCACAUUCGAGAUCAGUAUACACGCUUGCGGAACCACCGGCAAUACGGAGAAUGGUCUUUACGGUUACGGAGCAGAUUCAGGCUCUGGAACAUAUUUCGAAAACAUCAUAGUUAUCCAGUACGAUCCUCAAGUACAAGAGUUAUGGGAUCAGGCGAGAAAGCUAAGAUGUACCUGGCACGAUCAGUACGAAAAAUCCGUAACCUUUCGACCUUUCCCAGUCGACAUGUUGGAUGUCGUCAGAGCAGACUUUGCCGGAGAUAACGUCGGAUGCUGGAUGCAGAUACAAGUAGGCAAAGGUCCUUGGGCCUCCGAAGUCUCGGGUUUGGUGAAAAUAGGUCAAACCAUGACCAUGGUGUUAGCCAUCAAAGACGACGACGCCAAGUUCGAUAUGCUUGUACGUAACUGCAUGGCACACGAUGGUAAACGUGCCCCGAUACAAUUAGUCGAUCAACGAGGAUGUGUUACCAGAUCAAAAUUAAUGUCCAGAUUUACCAAAAUUAAAAAUUUCGGCGCCAGCGCCUCCGUAUUAUCGUACGCUCACUUCCAAGCGUUCAAAUUCCCAGACUCGAUGGAAGUACACUUCCAAUGCACCAUUCAAAUCUGUCGAUACCAAUGUCCAGAACAGUGCUCAGAUCCAAACGCCAUAUUGCACUCGCAACACGAUAGUUUACUAGCAUCCCAUCAUGGUCCUGUCAGAUCAGACGCCGUGUAUGGUCCUCCACCUCCAGCCCUCCCGUUAGACGCUUAUCUACACGGUAACUCGCGCAGAGACGAAAGGCGAGUACGUAAACAUAAACGAGAAGUUAAUCCUGAAAAAGAAGAAGUCGGUGUGAAUAGGAUAAUCAAAGUCGUCUCCACUGGUGACUUGACCUUUUCCAUCGAGGAUACGUCCAAUAGCUCAACACCAACCAUGGUCUUCCCGACCAAAACUUUCGAAGAGAGUGCGUCCAUGAUAUGCAUGACGUCAUUUGGAUUUUCCGCCACACUAGUCUUUCUUUUAACAAUACUAUUUAUUUCUUGCUUAAUUUCUUCCGUAUUAUGUGUCAGAUUAAGGUCGAAUCCUUCGCUGCAGAAAAAGGUCACCGUACCUAGCGUGCUAAGUGGAAAGAAAUCUGCCAAAAGUUGUUUCUAAAAAUGACCUCGUUGUCUUUUCUUUUUUUUUACAAAUUAGGUACUACUUUUUCUUCGAACUGCAUUUAUAAUCAUGUUGUUGUUAUUGUUGUUGUUUUGGUACGCGUAGCCCGGAGCCGGAAAAUUUUGCUCAAGUCUAUCUUCGUUCGAUAGUUGCAAAAAGGGAUUCAGCGCUAUUGAAACAAGUCAUGCCAAAAAGUAUCAAGUAACGUUCCUAUAUCUUACUUUAACGAGUAUUCAGACUUAUUCAAUUUUGCAAAUCCGAUUCGAGGGAUUUAAUUGGUAACUCGCAAUGAGUAAUGUUUAUUUAUUUUUUUCUGAUCCCUUUUUGCAUUUUUUUAAAAUUUCCUUUAAAAAAUCAAAAAUAUUUUACUUACGUUAAAUUAUUUUUUAUUAAUUUAUUUUUCCAUCUUUGAAAAUCUUGUUUCUGUGAUACAUUUCUUCUAACACAUUUUUAUCCUUUUUGUACAUCUUGUGGAAGUUCUUAUUUCUCGUCUCUCUCUCUCUAAUGAGAUGUUACCUUUUCCUUUCAUGACUUUGAUUGUAAUGGUCUGCGCAACAUUUCAUUAUAAACCAAAUCUAAAGGCUGCGCAUGCGUAAAAUCUACUGCGCAAGUUCAUUUCUGCGCAUGCGUCGAAUCCUGCGCACGCAUCACUAAGCUGGCGCAUGCGUCAAAUCCAACGCUCGUGUUUGGUUCUGCGCAAGUGCCAAAUCUUGAGUAUGUGAUUGUGAUUGAUUCUAACUGAAACGAAUUCUUAGGUACACCAUUUUCUCAAAAACUUGUAACCAAUUUUCUAAAAUUUAUUACGUUAUAAAAAUGGUACAAAAUGACAAAAGAAAUGUAAUCUUAAGGAAUAUUAUUUUCAUAAAUGCUAUGAACUUUCAUUAUGAUAAUUUUAUUUAUUUAUUGUUUUUUUAAUAUUAUAAAAGAAAAUCAAAAUAUCUGAACUUUCAAAUGUAUGUACAUCGAGAGACUGAACGUUUAUCCACCGAUAUUUUUUAUUAAGCGUCCAAUAUAAUUCGAAAAUAAUUGUUGGAAAUUUCAUUAAUCACAGCCCGUUUGAGACUAAAAAAAAAAUAUCGAUUAUAACGAUAAACUUUCAAAAAUAAAAAACCUACUUAGAUAUACUUUCAAUUUGUUCUUUUUUUUUCUUUUCUUAAAUGUGUUUUUUAUCUGUUAAUUUACGCUUUUACGAUUUUAUAUUAUAUUAACACGUGCAUUUUAUUCAUAUUUUUAUUGGCUAAGUUUUUAUCGAUGUAGAAAACGUAUAUUUAAAAAAGGAGUUUUUUUUUCUUCUUCUACUUCUUCUCGAGUUAAUUAACGUUUUAUGCCAUAACAGUGAUAGAUCACUCGUGCUCUCAGUCUAUUUAUUCAAAAAGCCAUGAGACUUGUCCACUUUUUAAUGAUGCACAGUAUAUAACUGCGAGAGUACCUAUAGCCACUGUUAACGCUCGAUGUUUUAUUACUUGUAGGUAGUUUUUGUUGCCAUAAUUACGCUAAAGUUAUAUUUUUAAUUUACGAUUAAUUAUUGCGCGUCUAUUUCAAUGUAUGUAUAGUGAGGUUUUUUUUUUUUGUAAUAGGUAGUCUUCUUCAGAUUUUUAUUACACAUUCAACACAAUCCUACCUACUUAAUAGGUAUAUAUUUUAUUGUAUAAAGCAGUCGUUUAAUUUGUGUGAAAUUUUUCAUUCACUGCGACAAUGUGUUAAAUGAAAGGUAUACCUACCUACUCGUACGUGUGUGAGUGAAGAUGAAGAAUAUUGUAAUUUGAAUAUCGCUCACAUUCGGCAAACUGGUUUCGUUUAAAUAAAAUUAGGUAUUUUACACGCAGAUGAAAUAAUAACUUAAUGUGAAAACACGUAUAGAAAAUUGAAAAGAAUUUGUAACACUUCGGGUGAAAAAAUUAAACGCGUUUUUAAAAUAUUAUAUAGUAGCUAAGUUUAGUCGACGAUGUUAAUUUAACCAUUUUUCACGGCGUUUUCUUUUAUUUUUUUCGCCUGAAGUGUAAUGCACGCGCUUUAAUUUCGUUAAAUUAUCGUAACGGUUGUAGUUUUAUUGGAAAUUUUUUUUGUUUGUGUAUUUUUACGAAAUAAAUUGUAUAAAAUUUUA